ACAAAAACACCCAUUUCCUCUCAAUAAAAUUUUAUAGAGUUUGAUUUUAGAGUUUGAUCAAAAAAUGUUUCUCUUCCGAAGAAAGAAUAGCACUGCCACACUGUCCUCCUCUUCCUCGACAUCUUCGUUGAAUGGAGGAGUACCAGCCAAUAAGAGACAAUUUACAUUUGCUGUGCAAGUGGAGAGCAUUGAAAAUAUACCACUCUAUAUGCAAAUUCCACUCUCUGUUGAGGUUUAUAAAUUAAAUAAUGCAUUGAAUGCCAGUACAAGUCAAAUGACAAUCAAGGGAAAAUUGUUUAGAAAGAAGAAAUUAGUGGGAUCAACUCCAUUUAAAUUGGUUGAUUCAUCGACACAAAAAUCAAAUUACAUGUCGACUAUGGAGUUUUUGUGUAACCUUCCCUAUGAUGAGAUUUCUGGAAAAUUAGUGAAAGGACCUGUCACAUCAACAACUGUUUUUCCACCAAUUAAUGAGGCAAUAUCUAAUGUUGAGGAAAAUAAUGAUAGUAAUAACUCUACAUCUGCUGCUGUAGGAGAUGGAAAGUUUUUGCAAAUAGUUGUAAAUAAGAAAUUGCAUACAAGUAACAAGAUUGAAUUCGUCAAUGAAAUGUUGGUCGAUUUGUCACAUUACUGUUUAUUGAAUAGUGAAUAUCAAUGCAGAAUUUCAGUUCCUUUUGAACUUUCGAGUGGUGUAACUGUAAAUAUUACCAUGAUCAUAUUUUCUACAAUUGGAAAUCAAUUAUUAGGAAGAAAAUCAGGAAGUUUGGAUUUGUCAAGACCAAUGACUGCAACCAAUACUUCACCAUCACGAGAGGUGUCUGUAGAUGUUUCCCCAAAGAUUUCUCCUCAAAUUAAUCGUGUAUUGAGUGCUGAUCUCGAUGAUAGUCCUUUCAUUAAUAGUAAUACUAGUGGUAAUAAUAAUAAUAAUGGAUCGUCAGCAUUCUCUCCAACUAAUUACUCAAAUUCUACUUCAUCACUCAAUGGAAAUAAUGCUAGUAAUGGUGUUCAGGACUUUUUCAAACGAAGAGCUGAAUUGAAUUCAGGAAGAUCAAGAUCGGGCUCCUCUCCAAUUGCCAUGCAACACACUCCAUAUAGUCCACAACCUUACGAACCAUCAACUUUUAACAACCCUACAUCAGUCAACACCUUUACUGAAGGACAAAACAGUGGCACCCUUUCAGAUCCUAGCCCUUCACUUAUCGAUACAGGAGUAGUACCAAACCGUGAGGAAAAUAUUGACGUACUCAGGCAAGAAAACCAACAUUUGAAAUCAGUUCUACAAAGAGCUAAAGUGAGGUUCCAAGAAGUUGUCUCUGAAAAUUCCCAACUCAAAGAAAGAAUCAAACAAUUAGAAGAGCAAAUGACCCUUCUCCAAACAGCAUCAUCACCCAAUCCUUUCCCAGGCACUACUUCAAAGGAUUUAUUGGAUUUUUUCUAAGGAUUAGUAUUAUCUGUUUCCAUUUCAAUUAUAAUUGGACAAUUUAAAUGUAAAUAUUUGGCAUUCUCACUAUUUAUGAAAUCAAUUUGCUGAUUUUUAAUAUCCUCUAUUUGUCCAAUCGCACUUGGAAGCACAAUAAUUUUGUAAACUUUGUAUCCUUGGAAAAUUAAAUGUAUGCGAUCAUUCAAC